AUGGGUAUUGCCAAUAGCUCUUUGAGACUGGCUCUAAAGAAUCUUAUUCAAAAUAACUCCCAUGAGUUUGUGUUUGCAGCUGAACCUUGGAUGGACUUCUGCAAUUUUCCCCAAAGAUGGAUGCUGAGGUUUGAUCUAAAGCCUUUUGCUUUCAACAAAAGGGAAGGUCUGUUACCAAAUCUCUGGUGCUUCUGUAAGUCAUACCUAAACCCUAAAUUGCUAAGGAAUCUUUCGAAUAACCUAACUAAUUUAAUAUCUAAUACUAAAAACCCUUGGUCCUUUAUUGGUGAUUUUAAUGCAAUCAUAAGUGCUGAUGAAUAUAGAGGGAUGCAUAAUCCUAAUAAUAUUCCUAUGAGAGAGUUCUUUCAAUGGUAUGAUACAAACCAUCUUAUUCACUUGCCCACUGUAGGAAAUUUUUUUACAUGGUGUAUUGGUAGAAAGGGUAGACACCUGACCGAGAAAAGGUUAGAUGGGGUCGUUUGUAAUUUAGAAAUGUUAGAUGCUUGCAACACUAUUGUUUGUCAUACUUUAUCCAAGGUUAGGUCUUACCAUUAUCCUCUUUUGUACACUUGUGAUUUUGAUAAGAUCAGUUUUAAGUCUCAGUUCAAGUUUCUUAAAAUGUGGAGUUUGAAUGAGGAAUGUGAGAAAGUCAUUCAAGAUGUUUGGAAUACUAAGGUCCAUGGCUGUCCAAUGAUAAGUCUACAAGUUGCUGAAGCUGGGGCUCAGCAUGAACUUGAGAAAGCUCUCAUUCUUGAAGAAGAAUUUUGGAAAGAAAAAGCUAAUAUUAAGUGGCAUUGUGAGGGAGAUAGGAGUAAUAAAUUCUUCCACACAUAUGCCAAGAUUAGAAGGAAGAAUAGUUUAAUAGCUUCUCUUAAUGUUAAUGACACUGUUACAACUGAUCAGAAUAUUAUUGAAUCUCAUCUUGUUAACCACUUUUCUAACUUGUUCAAUCAAGAUGUUUUGCUACAAGACACAGGUCUGAUACAAAGAGUUAUCCCUUGCCUGGUGAAUGAUAAUACAAAUGCAAUGCUUACUAUAACUCCUAGUGCAGAGGAGAUCCAUCAUGCAGUCAUGAGCCUUAAAUAUGGUUCUUCUCCUCGGCCAGAUGGGUUUGGUCCUUUGUUUUUCCAAAAGUAUUGGCAUAUAAUUCAAAGUGAUGUCAUUGGUGCUGUCACUCAGUUUUUCCUGCAAGAUUGGAUCCUUCCUAACUAUAAUGCUAACACUAUAAUUCUUAUACCUAAAACUAAUGAACCUAACUCUAUUAACCAUUAUAGGCCUAUUGCUCUUGCUAACUUUAAAUUUAAAUUCAUAUCUAAGAUCAUGGAUGACAGGCUUGCCUCUAUAUUACCUACCUUGAUCUCUAAGGAACAAAAUGGUUUUGUCAUUGGUAGGGAUAUUAAGGAUAGCAUCUGCCUCACCUUUGAGGCCAUUAACAUUCUGAAUAACAAAUGCUAUAGUGGCAAUGUUGCAUUGAAAAUAGACAUAUCCAAAGCCUUUGACACUCUUAGUUGGAAAUUCAUUCUUAACACCCUUGAAAGAUUUGGUUUUUGUAGUAGAUUUUGUAGGUGGAUUGAUACUCUUUUACACUCUGCUAAUAUUUCAAUUGGAUUUAAUGGAAAAGGGGAUCAUAAAUCCCUAAAUUCCAUUGCAAAUUUGCUGAAGGAGUAUGCUAACUGCUCUGGCCAAUUUGGUAACAAUACCAAGUCUCUCAUCUAUGCUGGUGGCAUGUCUUUAGAGAGAUUUAAGACUUUAGCUGAUUUAAUUGGGUUUACUAUGGCCAACCCUCCUUUUGUGUAUCUUGGUGCCCUUAUAUUUGUUGGUAGACCUAAGCCUGUGCAUUUCUUGUUUGUUGCAGACAAAAUAAAGAUAAGAUUGGCAGGUUGGAAAGCUAGUCUUCUUUCCAUGGCUAGUAGGCUUCAGCUGGUUACAAAGUUAUGGGUUGUGCCUCCUAUUAUACUUACUUCUGCUAAGCAUAGUUUGGUUGAUAAGUAUGCUCUCUUUUCUUUGAAGUAUGUUGGUUUUGUUGCUGCUCAUCUUGUAAAAGAGUUGAUGCAAGUGUGCAAAGUGAUUCUCUCAUGUUGUUAUUGCUCUCGGUCCAGAUCUUAUCCAGUGGCUGUGUCGAAUUUAUGGGCUGGUACCAAACUAUUGAUAAAUGCUGAUCAUGAUGAAAUUCUUAACUACAAACAAAGUCUAUCCCAAGAUGUUACUUUGCUAUAUCACAGGAUCAAGUUUUAA